AUGAACAUGAGCCAGACAGUUCCCGAGCCUAUUAUAGAUGAGAGUACUUAUUUAGGAGGUGAUUGUGAGCUGCUGGAGUUACAGCUGGAAGUGUCAGCCUUGGAGGUUUAUACACCAAAAGAAAUCUUUGUGGCAAAUGGGACACAAGGGAAGCUGACAUGCAAGUUCAAGUCUACUAACACAACUGGAGGGUUAACCACAGUCUCCUGGAGCUUCCAGCCAAAGGGGGCUGAUACUACUGUGUCGUUUUUCCACUACUCACAAGGGCAAGUGUACCUUGGGAAUUAUCCACCAUUUAAGGACAGAAUCAGCUGGGCUGGAGACCUCGACAAGAAGGAUGCAUCAAUCAAUAUAGAAAAUAUGCAGUUUAUACACAAUGGCACCUAUAUCUGUGAUGUCAAAAACCCUCCUGACAUCGUUGUCCAGCCUGGACACAUUAGACUGUAUGUCGUGGAAAAAGAGAGUUUGCCCAUGUUUCCAGUUUGGGUGGUGGUGGGUAUAGUUACUGCUGUGGUCCUAGGUCUCACUCUGCUUAUCAGCAUGAUUCUGGCCGUCCUCUAUAGAAGGAAAAACUCAAAACUGGACUACACUGGCUGCAGCACAUCAGAGACUUUGUCUCCGGUAAAGCAGGCUCCUCGGAAGUCCCCCUCUGACACAGAGGGUCUAGUAAAGAGUCUGCCCUCAGGAUCUCACCAGGGCCCAGUCAUAUAUGCGCAGUUAGACCACUCUGGCGGACAUCACAGUGACAAGAUUAACAAGUCAGAGUCUGUGGUAUAUGCAGACAUCCGGAAAACUUAAGAGAAGACCCAGAACAUAUCCUAAGCAAGAAACAAAUCAAAUUGGACUCUUGUGCAGAAAAUGUAGCUCAUAACCACGUGUGGCCUUGAGAACCCAGGCAAGGACUUGUGUACUCAUAGAGGGAGAAAAAAAUGUGUAUAAAGGAUAUGUAUAAAUAUUCUAUUUAAUCUUCUUGAUGUGAGGUGCCUGUGUUGCAUGAUGAAAAGAUGGUAUGAUUCUGCAUAUGUGUAAAUUGUCUUGCUGUUUGGGGUCAUUUACAGUUGGGGAAUUUCAGAAACAUUCCUAUCACCAUCAUAUAGAUACGAUUUAUCUUAGCAGACCUUUUAGUACUUCAAGUAGACAUGGCCUUUUAAUGUAAGGGCUCAACCAGGCUUAGCAUUUAUUGUAGUUGGAGAAUGAGAUCCUAUGACAGAAGUAUAUCCAGGGUGGCCUUUAACCUGAUAUCAGAAAUGUUUCUUAUUGGUUGUAGAUUUUAGACGACAUCCACUAACUAUGCCACCAGAAAACAGUUUAGUUUAUGUUGAUGUUUUUCUAAAACAUGGGGCAGUUUUUAACUUUAUGCAUUUUGUAGACUGUUUUUAAUAUCACACCCUUUAAAUGUAUCAUAAGAUUUUGGAUUCAUAAUAUCCAGGUUAGCAAACAAUAAAGGUUGGAGGUCACUUCCUUCUAGGUGCUUUAGGUCAAUACCAUACAGAUAGUUACAGUAGAAAAUCUAGGCUUUGCUUGAGUUGUAUCGUGCCAUUUGGAGGCAGAAAGUGUGUGUCAGUUACAUUCUUUGCUGAAGUACUUCCUGCUUGAAGUCAGAAUUCUCACACAGAAGAAGUUGAACGUUUCCUUCUUUCUAAGUGGGCAGAAAUGGGAUUGCUAGGUUGCAGCUCAGUAUCUCAGAGCGCUGUCCAGAUAAUUGCCUUCAUAAAGCGCCAUGAAGUUUCCAGCAGAAGGCAGCUUCAGGCAGUCAGGUAUGACUUACACUAGCUUCACCAUACCUCAAGACCUAUGGAGCUAAAGGAGGUCAAGCUCGUUCUGCUGCUUUAGGAAUCUCUUCUCUGUCCCUUGCAUACGAUCUUUGGUUUUCUGAGGAACUGUUCUUUGUUACUCCCAUAAUGCACCAACAUGCACUCCAGGUGUCUGUAAGGAGGAAAAGGCAGGUUUUGUCUUCAUACAUGCAUCAUCUCAAGCCGGUCAGUGUCUGCUCUGUGUGCUUUGUACCUGUUCCACAGCCUCCCCGUUACUCCUUUAUGGUCAUGGGUCUCAUUCAGGAGAGUGAUGCAGAGUAAUAUGGAGUGUCUGUCCCAAACCAUUUCCUUCUGUUCUAAAGCCUUUCUGUAUCCAUUUUGAAGACAAUAGAAGAAGCCUUUAGAAGACUUCUGUUGUCACCAUUCUUCCAACUAAUGCCAAGAUAACGAUAUCCUUGGUGAGCCUUUUCCACUGUGCAAAUGACCCAGUGAACCUUGGUGGUGUUUAAGGUAAAAGGAAUACGAAUCAUAAGAACUCAAGUGUGUACUUUGUCAUGUGUAUUUCUUCCUGACAUUUUUACAGAAAAAGUGGGCAUUUUCUUUUUUCUUCUUUCUCAAUAAUAUUCCUGUGAAUAAACUAUACGUUCCCAAUACUUUCAGACAGCAAGAGCCCUACUUUCUCCUUUCAGUGCCAAGACCAUAUCUUUGUGAAACUGGUGCUGUGGUAGAGCUCUCUGAAAUGACACCUAUAGUCUUUCUCCCCCCUCCACCCCACACAGCGUCCUUCCUGCACCCAACCUCGAGACCACCCGCUCAACCAGACACCUCACCCUCUGUUAGAACUCCGGCAUAAUAGCAGAAAAAUCUCCUCACCAACCUUCUCCCCCAGGCAAGGGCAGUCAGUCAGCUGCCAGCUGACAGGGUUUGGGGGACAGGCUUCCUGAUGGACAUUGCUCACACUCAGGGAAAGCAUCUCAGAGUGGGGUCUCUGAACCCAGGGCCAUCUAACUUCCACAUACCACUUCCUUCAGAGUUUUUGACCCUUUCUUUCCCCUGUACCUCAAGUUUUCCUGGGCUGGCUACAGAUAACAACAGUGGUGUAGCAUCCAAAUAGCAGACCUGCCCUUCCUGUGUCUUAUUACUGGCAGAAUGAAACCUCUUAAAAUUAUAUGUGAAUUUUGUAAGGGGACACCUAAAAGGGAGUAUUUAGAGAUUAAAAUUCUUAACUAUCUGUAGAUUUUCAGUGGAAAUGUAUCCAGCUAGGGAAAAACCAUCAAGUUCAUUGUUAUCUUUUGAUCUUUUCUUUUUCAGUUA